AUGCCUGAACCACAAAUAAAAUUCUAUUGGGCACCUGGCGCUUGCUCAUUAUGCCCACACGUUCUUCUUUUCGAGGCCGGUCUACCCUUUGAAUCAAUCACCAAUUCAGUCACAAAAGCAAACGCAACCUUUGUUCAAAACUUCUCAACUAUAAAUCCAAAGAUGCGUGUGCCAGUUCUUUCACUUAAUAGUGAAAUCAUCACGGAAACUCCUGCUAUCGUAACUGCAAUAUCUUCUCUGGCUCCCGAAUUGUAUCUUAUGGGACGUACUACGAUGGAUACGAUCAGAGUUUAUGAGUGGUUGAAUUGGUUGAGUGGAACAUUGCAUGGACAUGCAUUUGGUGGAAUAUUGAGACCAGAGAGAAUGAGUGAUGAUAAAGGGGCGUUUGAAGGAAUUGAAAAGAAGGGAUUGAGAAAUGUUCAAACUUGUUUUGAUAUGAUUGAGGGAAAGUUGAAUGGUAUAUGGGCUGUUGGAAAUGCAUUGACCGCAGUUGAUUCGUAUCUUUUCGUGUUUUAUCGUUGGGGAGAAGGAGUUGGUUUGGAUAUGAGGAAAGAGUAUCCGAAGUAUACUGUGUUGAUGGAGAAUUUGAGGAACCGUCCAUCUUUUGAGAAGGUUGUGAAGCUUGAGAAGUUGGAGGCUAAGUUGUAG